AUGGAAGCCGUCAAUCGGUCAUCUCUUUGGGGACGCCGAUCAGCCAGACCAAACCAUGAGCCACGAUCCAGACGAGCUUUAUCUGGCAAGUUUACGGCGUCCCCAAUCUUCGGAUGGAUCAAUGGAAUGUGCAGGUCUGAGCCGAUCGAAGAUGAUAAUAUGGGCACGAUUUCGAAUCGGCUUAGAGUGGCCUUCUUUGAAAGCUCACAUUAA